UCCCCUUCCCAAUAUCUGGUAAAAAUCCCCAAUGUUCCUUAAAAAUCCCCAAUAUCUCCUAAAAUGGCCAACUUAUUGAUAAGAUCCCCCAAAGUUAUUGUUCCGUACCGGAAGGGAUUCAUGUCGCAAAACUAAUCAGCACCAAAUCUGAAUUCUUAGAUCAUAACUUUCUGUUAAGUCCUUUUCAAAUAUUAUCCUAGCUUUACGUCCUUUUCAAAUGUAAUUCCAAUGUUUUUAGAACGCGCGCGCCUUCCUACUCGCUCACUCAAAUGUAAAUAUAACCAAAGAGUGAGAACACUGAUCGCCAGCCUGGCUGUUUGACAGCUGGGACAGUAAGCACCAUUGUGACAACUGGUAGGGCUGUUAGCACCAACCACGAAAGUUCUGGAUACACACUUACCAGAAAACCACCGAAUUGGCCAGAAUGUUCUAGAAGUACCACAAAAUAAAUAUAUAAGGCGCAGCGCAACUGGUAGAGUCAGUUUUUGUACCAACCGCGAAUAUAAUCGUCCUCCUCUCCUCUUGUUGGCGUAACGUCCUCACUGGGACAAAGCCUGCUUCUCAGCUUAGUGUUCAAUGAGCACUUCCACAGUUUUUAACUGAGAGCUUCCUCUGCCAAUGACCAUUUUGCAUGUGUAUAUCGUGUGGCAGGCACGAAGAUACUCUAUGCCCAAGGAAGUCAAGGAAAUUUCCUUUACGAAAAGAUCCUGGACCGACCGGGAAUCGAACCCGUCACCCUCAGCAUGGUCAUACUGAAUACCCGUGCGUUUACCGACUCGGCUAUAUGGGCCCUGAAUAUAAUCGUAUCGAAGUGAAAUAAAGAGAAAGGACAAAGUGAAAGUAGUAGUGUUUCCAUUCCAAGCCCAAGUGCUAAGACCAAGUGAAGUGUUCAAGUGCUCUCCAGUAAGGAAAUCGUCCCGCACGUUCUAGAAGUCUUUCCAUUCCAACGGUUUCCUUACACCCAAGUUCCGAACCAUAUACAGUCCACUGCCAAGAAGAGAGUCGUCCACCAAGUCUACGAAGUUCCUCCUAUCCAGCGAUCUCUCUUCUCCAAUUCCACCAGCCAGUGUGGAACAUAAUUUGGUCCUUCGAACCGGUUUUGAACCAGUGACCUAUGGAUUCCAGUUCCUGAAGUUUCAACGUUCCUGUCUUCGAGUGAAGUGAAACACUACAGUUACAGUUUCAGUGAAGUGCAAUUCCAAAAUGCCACCAGUGCAGUACUCUCCGAUCAAGCCUGUCAAUAAGAACAAUCCUGUGGUCAAUCCUGAGAUGAAUCCCAAUCCAGGAACCGUCUCGGAUCCAGCAGGAGUGACAAACCCAGCAGUUGUGCCAAAUUCAACAGAAGUUCCGAAUCCGGUGGAAGCGAUGAAUCCUGUAGUGCCUGUAGUGCCAGACCCUCCUUCGAAUGCAGGCCACUCAAGCAGUGAAUCAUCCUUCCAUGGAUUUCAUUGGCAGGAACAAGUGGACCGUGGUACCAUGACUAAGCUGAACGGACUUUUCCGCCAACGAAGCCAGGUCGAGCAGGAGGUGGUUCGCAUCCAGUUCACCUUGCGAGACCAAAGACACCUGAGUCUGGCUCAGCUAAACGUCAUUACCGGCAAACUUGCGGCAGCCUACAAGGAGUUCAGCAGGUUCCACAGCGAGAUCAUGGCCCUAAUUCCCGACGACGCAGAGGACGAACAAGAAGAGAUCUACACUGCUUUCGAGGAUCGUCACGAUGCUGCACCCACCGUAGUCCAGGAGAUGAUUAUAGCACUCAACCGCAACACUCCUCCAGCCGUCGCCACACCUCACGUCGUGGUCCAACAGCAACCCCUUAAAGUUCCGAUUCCCACAUUCGACGGGACUUACUCCAGCUGGCCUAAGUUCAAGGCAAUUUUCCAAGACCUAAUGGAAAAUUCUGCCGACUCUGACGCAAUAAAACUGUAUCAUCUGGACAAGGCCCUAGUUGGAGCUGCUGCUGGCUCCCUCGACGCCAAAAUCAUCAACGAGGGCAACUACGAGCAAGCUUGGAGAGUGUUGAGCGACCGCUAUGAAAACAAACGGCUCAUCGUCGAAAGUCACCUACGAGGCCUGCUCAACCUGAAGAAGAUGUCCAGCGAAUCAUCCAAGGAGCUGCGCUGUCUGCUCGACGAGGCAACCGGACAUGUGGAGAGUCUGCGAUAUCUCAAGCAAGAACUCACCGGCGUGUCUGAGCAUCUAGUCGUGUACCUCAUCACCGCUGCUCUCGACAAGGCUACGCGAAAGGCUUGGGAAUCCACUGUAAAAGGCACCGAACUGCCGAAGUACACUCCAACUAUCGCAUUUCUGAAGUCUCGCUGCCAAGUCCUGGAGAAUUUCGAGUUGUCACAGGUUCCAGCUUCGCCAGUUCUCAAACCGAAGCCCACGCAGUCGUCUCUCAAGCUGCCGCCCCAGAAGAGCAACGCAGCCGUGUGUUUAAAUGCAAGUGACACUUCCUGUGAUGUUUGUUCCGACCACCACUUCAACUACCAGUGCUCAGCAUUGAAGCAGUUGACCACAGCUCAAAGAGCAGAGAAGAUUCGAUCCAUCGGUCUUUGUUUCAAUUGCCUCCGUAAGGGCCACCAGUCGAAACACUGCCCUUCCGCCAAAACCUGCCGGAAAUGCAACAAGAAGCACCAUACCUUGUUGCAUGCUGAUUCCAACCUAGACAACACUCAGGACGUCCAAGACAACGUUUCCGAUCCGAAGUCAGUACAAGACAUGAGUGCUUCUGCUCCCACCUCACCAACUCUGAAGCCAAGUUCAUCGGUGUCGACGAUCUGUUCAUGCAGUAAAGCAGCACUUCGAGCAGCACAGGAAACCAAAACUGUUCUGUUGUCCACUGCUCUGGUCCACGCUAUCGACAAGAAUGGCAAUCCAUAUCCAUGCCGAGUAUUGCUAGAUAGUGGAUCGCAGGUAAACUUCGUAACCGAAACCAUGGCCAAUCUCCUGAGAUUAUCAAAAAUGAAUACUGACGUCCCUAUCGCUGGAAUCAAUGCUCGUCAAAGCAUCGCCCGUGAGAAGGUUUCAGUUUCUUUCCGCUCCAGGCUCACCGAGUUUCAAGCUACUAUUGAAUGCUUGGUGACCCAAAAGGUGACACCUUUCGUACCCUCUACACGGCUGGACGUCAGCGACUGGGAUGUACCAGACACCAUUCAUCUUGCGGAUCCAAGAUUCCACAUUCCCGACAAGAUCGAUCUUCUCAUCCGAGGAGAACUGUUCUUUGACAUCCUCAAGCAUCAUCGCAUCGAUUUGGGCGACAACCUACCCACUCUUCGUGCUACCAGCCUCGGAUGGAUAGUGACGGGAACUAUCACUGCUCCAGCAACACCUGGAUCAUCAGUUCAUAACUCAAACAUUGCAAUUGUAGGAAACGUUGAAGUGCUUGAGCAUGAUCCGUACAUUUCCAGUAGCUUACCAACGAACAAAAUCUACGAAGACCAAUCUGUGUCAACACAUUCUCGAAAUUCAACAGAUCGAUUUGACUUUAGACAUCCUUUCAAACGGACUGUGGAUCAACUUGAUAAUUGGCGUGGUCCAGCACUGUCAGGAUUCAUCAUGUUGGAGAACCGAUUCAAACACGAUCCAAGCUCGCGGGACAGAUGCUUCAAUCGUCUUCCUGAACAUGAUUCCUAUGAGUGUCGUCGCCGCCUCGAUGAAGCUAACAACCUACCACUUCAAGCCAUGUGCUGCAUGCCCCAUCAUGCAGUUCUAUCCCCAACAUGCUCCAGCUUCAAUCGAGAAUCCUUCGAUACAGGUUAUGACCCAACAACACUUUGAUGUCGAUCACACGUUUCUUGAAACUCAACCGGAGAAAAAUCUUGUCAACCACAUUGUGAUGGCACACAAUGAAUGCCGAGAACAAACAUGUAAUUCGGCAUCCUACGAGUCUCCACGGCGUACGUCAUCAGAGCA